CACAAGAUCCAUCAUGGGAUUGUGCAGCCCUACUUAACAGAACCGUGUUUGGAUUUUUGUGGGGAUCUAAUCUGAAAACAUGGCAGUAGAAACCAUCGCACCUGACUGGGAGUUUGACCGUUUUGACGACGGGUCUCAGAAAAUACACACAGAGGUUCAGCUGAAGAACUACAGCAGCUUUCUGGAAGAAUACACCUCCCAGCUGAAGGGCAUUGAAGAGGCUCUGGAUGACUCUAUAGGAGAUGUGUGGGACUUCACUCUAGAUCCCAUUGCUCUGAAGCUUGUCCCGUAUGAGCAAACUUCGCUAUUAGAGUUAAUUAAAACAGACAACAAGGUUCUGAACAAAGUUAUAACGGUUUAUGCUGCUCUCUGUAGUGAAGUGAAAAAGCUAAAAUAUGAGGCAGAAACCAAGUUCUACAAUGGCCUAUUGUUCUAUGGAGAGGGAGUGUGUGAAACCAGUGUUGUUGAAGGAGAGUCGCAGAUUGAAAUGGGCAGAUUUAUUUCAUUCCUGCAGGAACUGUCCUGCUUUGUUUCCAGAUGUUAUGAGGUGGUGGUCAGCAUCAUUCAUCAGCUGGCUGCCCUAUACAACAGUAGCAAGGGUGCAACAAAAAUCAUUGAAUCAUCUGGUGUCCAUUUCCAGGUGUUGUAUGAGCACCUGGGGGAGCUAUUGGUGGUAUUGAUCACACUUGAUGAGAUCAUGGAAAAUCACUGUACUCUAAAAGAUCACUGGAAGAUGUAUAAAAGGUUAUUGAAGUCUGUUCAUCACAACCCUGGAAAAUUUUCCAUUCCUGAAGAAAAGUUGAAGCCAUUUGAGAAACUCCUGUUGAAGCUAGAGGGACAGCUGCUGGAUGGCAUGAUACUGCAGGCCUGUGUGGAGCAGAGAUUUGAUGACCCAGCCGAGGGGGUAGCUGUCUCCAAAAACAGUGCCUUUGCCGAGGAAUUCGCCUUCAACAUUCGUUCCAUAUUCACAAAUGUGGAGUCCAAAAUUGGUGAACCUUCAGAAAUUGACCAGAGAGAUAAGUACGCUGGAGUCUGUGGUCUCUUUGUCCUACACUUUCACAUUUUCAGAAGUGUUGAUAAAAAACUCUACAAAGCCCUGCUUGAUGUCUGUAAAAAGGUUCCUGCUGUCACUCUGAUCGCAAAUAUCACCUGGUUUCCCGACACCUUCCUCACCGCUAAAGUCCUGGCUGCUGCCAAACUGAUGGACAAGAAGAAUCUCCAGGCGAUCAAAGCACAUAGAGACACCUACCUGCAGCAAAGGGCUCAGACAUUAACAAAGGAUGUUCAGUCAUACUACGUUUUUGUAACUUCCUGGAUGAUGAAGAUGGAGUCCAUCCUGUCCAAGGAGCAUAAACAUGACAAGCUAGCAGAGGACCACAACAGCAGAUGUAAUGUGUUUGUGCAGGGCAUCCUGUACGCUUACAGCAUCGGCACCAUCAUCAAGACCACCAUGAACAUGUACAUGUCGAUGCAGCGGCCCAUGACAAAAACAUCAGUCAAAGCACUCUGUCGGCUCGUUGAGCUGCUCAAGGCUGUGGAGCACACAUUUCACAGGAGAUCGAUGGUUGUAGCCGAUUCUGUUUCACUCAUCACUCUGCAGCUCCAGUCUCAGGCCCUCAAUGCUAUCAGCACUGCAAAGAAAAGGGUGAUCUCCGAUAAGAAGUACAGCGAACAGCGGCUGGAUGUCCUUUCGUCUUUGGUGCUUGCAGAAAAUGCUCUGAGCGGGCCUAGCACAAAGGAGCGACGCCUGGUGGUGUCUUUGGCUCUGUGUGUCGGCACUCAGCUGAAAACCUUCAAAGAUGAGGAGCUGCUUCCGCUGCAGAUUGUGCUGAAGAAGCUGGAUUUGAUCAGUGAGCUUAGUGAAAGGGUCCGGCUCCAGUGUGACUGUAGUUUCCUGUACUGGCACAGAGCUGUCUUUCCGAUCUACUUAGAUGACGUGUAUGACAACGCUGUAGACGCAGCACGAAUACAUUACAUGUUUAGUGCUCUAAGAGACGGCGUGCCAUGUAUGCUCCAUGCUAAACACUUGGAGUCAUGUGACCAGCUGCUGCAGUGCUUCGACAAGGAGAUUAUGGAUGUGUUCAAUGAGCACCUCCUCGACAAGCUUUGUAAGGAGAUUGAGAAGGAUCUACGUCUGUCUGUCCACACCCACCUGAAGCUGGAUGACAGGAACCCUUUUAAAGUUGGCAUAAAGGACUUGGCCCACUUCUUCUCUGUCAAACCCAUCCGAUUCUUCAACCGCUUCAUUCACAUCAAAGCCUAUGUGACCCACUACCUGGAUAAAACCUUCUAUAACCUGACUACUGUUGCUCUGCAUGACUGGGCCACCUAUAGUGAGAUGAGAAACCUGGCAACACAGCGUUACGGGCUCACAAUGACUGAGGCUCACCUUCCCAGCCAGACACUGGAGCAGGGUUUGGAUGUUCUGGAGAUCAUGAGAAACAUUCAUGUUUUUGUCUCACGCUACCUCUACAACCUAAACAACCAGAUCUUCAUAGAAAAGGCCAGCAACAACAAGCAUCUGAACACCAUCAACAUCCGUCACAUCGCCAACUCUAUCCGGACACACGGCACGGGCAUCAUGAACACCACAGUCAAUUUCACCUACCAGUUCCUGCGGAAAAAGUUCUACAUCUUCAGCCAGUUUAUGUACGACGAACACAUCAAGUCCAGACUCAUUAAGGACAUACGCUUUUUCAGGGAAAUAAAAGAUCAGUCUGACCAUAAGUACCCUUUUGAGCGUGCAGAGAAGUUCAACCGUGGCAUCAGAAAGCUCGGCCUCACUCCUGAUGGCCAGAGCUAUCUGGAUCAGUUCAGACAGCUCAUCAGCCAGAUCGGCAACGCCAUGGGCUAUGUGCGCAUGAUCCGUUCUGGGGGCAUUCACUGUUGCAGCAGCGCAAUCAGAUUUGUACCAGACCUGGAAGAUAUAGUCAACUUCGAGGAGCUAGUCAAGGAGGAAGGACUCUCGGAGGAAACCCAGAGAUCUGCCAGCGUUCUGGAUUCAGUGUUGAGCGAUCUGACCAGCAACUCUGCCGAGGGGACGGAGUAUUUCAAGAUGCUGGUGGCCGUGUUCGCUCCUGAGUUCCGAAGUGCAAAGAAUAUGCACCUGAGGAACUUCUACAUGAUUGUUCCCCCUCUGACUGUGAAUUUUGUGGAGCACUCAAUCAGUUGUAAAGAAAAACUCAACAAGAAGAACAAAACUGGGGCUGCCUUCACAGACGAUGGCUUUGCAAUGGGUGUUGCAUACAUUCUCAAGUUGUUGGACCAGUACCUGGAGUUUGACUCUCUGCACUGGUUCCAAGCAGUCCGAGAAAAGUACAGGAAGGAGCUGAGCGCCGUGGCGAAGGAACAGACCGUGCAGUCCUCCGGUCAGGAUGAGAAGUUGCUUCAGACUAUGAAUCUCACACAGAAGAGACUGGAUGUCUACUUGCAGGAGUUUGAGCUGCUUUACUUCUCAUUAAGCAGUGCAAGGAUCUUCUUCAGAGCUGACCAAACAGCAGCUGAGGAAACCCAGGAGAAGAAAGGUAAAGAAGAAGCUGGGAGAGCGGGAACGUCAUCAGAAGGCUCCAUGUCUGCUGAAUCCUCCUCAAAGUGAGCCUUGAUGUGAGACUAGAUGGGUUUUUCUGUAUUAUUGAGCUCUGCAGAGGAAGGAUCCUGAAGAAAGAAGCUGAUGUGGACCCCACUGAUCUCAGUGUGUGUAGUCUGUGUAUAAAUGACUGAAAAGUACCCAAAACCAUGGCUGUUUAAUAUCCCCCAGUCUUCACAUUUCCGUUUUUUUUAACAUCCAGUACGUUGUAAUUUGUUGAACUUACACAAGCGCCUGCUACUUGAACUGUUAUAAGGUAAAAGUGAAUCAUGCUUUACUUCUCAGCCUCAGCAGACUGGUGUGAAAAUGUUUACAGACAUCAAAGAACAUGUUCAUGUUCAAGUGUUUUGUGUCUUUGAACAUUUUUACAUUGUGUGAAUGAAUCUUAUGUGCCUUCAGAAAUUUGGGGAAGUUGCUUUGAUAAUUCAUUUCCAAACAGUAAUGCCCAAACUCCAGUGUUGUUGCACAUUUUCCAUUUCAUAAUUCAGAAGUUGCCAUGGUGAAAAUUUUAAACAGUUUUUGUAAAAUAGUUUCCAUUUGAGUAGAAAACAUUUACUAGAUUUGGUUUAUGAUCUGGAUGUGAUUUAAACUGUUACAAAUCAUACUGGUGGCUUCCAAUUUCAGAUGAUUUCACUACUUUUCUGGACCCAGACAUCUACAAUAUUUUAAUUCGUACAGAAUAUUAUACUAAAGUGAUCUGUGAUACCUUCAUCUGUGAAAUUCAGAAAAUAAGAGUGAAUGCUGUUUGCUAUGUAAACCCAGACCCAGUGUAAAAAUUACUGCUUCAGAUGUUAUUUAAAUAUGAACCUUUUUUUUUUUUUUUUGAGAAAUUAAAAUUUUCUUGUUUCUAGUGGAACAACAAAGAUUUCUGGAAACGCAAAUAUUAUGCGUUUUAUGAUUUUAUACCCAAAUUCGAUACCGCUGCAGACUUUUUCAGACUGUAGAAAGUUACCACAAGGUGAAGUACUUUACUUUUUUUCCUGGCUUUUUUAUUUCCCUGUUUAACACACACAUGUGGCACAUGAAGUGACACCUCAUAAAAUAAAAUCCUUGUUGGAGAAGAA